CACGCGCACGGCGGUGUCAUGCUGUUAAUUGGCCGUGCUCGCUUGCCUGCAUGGGCAAGAGAGCGCCAUGGAGCGGGAAGAAGGCGAGUUGGAAUCUCCUGGCCACUGCAAGUCUUCAUCUUUGGAGCCAAUGGAUGAGGAGGAAGAGGAAGAAGAGGAUGAUGACUUGGAUCUCUUUGGGGGCUAUGAUAGUUUCCGACGUUACAGCAGUAGUGGGGACAGUAGCAGCUCCUCCUGUCUGGACGACUCUAGUGAGAACGAAGCUGCAGAUCGUGAAGCUGGGGAACUGCCUCCAUCCCCUUCACAGAUCCAAACACCUACCAGCCGAGUGCCGGAUGAUAAUGGAUCUGAGCCAGCUGUCUGUGAGAUGUGUGGCAUUGUGGGCACAAAGGAUGCCUUCUUCUCCAAGACCAAACGUUUUUGCAGUGUCUCCUGCUCCAGAAGCUACUCUUCAAACUCCAAGAAGGCAAGCAUCUUGGCAAGGCUGCAGGGCAAACCACCAACGAAAAAAGCCAAGGUUUUACACAAGGCAGCCUGGUCUGCUAAAAUUGGGGCGUUUCUCCAUACUCAGGGGACAGGGCAACUGGCAGAUGGAACGCUAACUGGCCAGGAUGCUCUCAUUGUAGGCUUUGACUGGGGCACUUACCUGCAGGACCAUGGUUGCAAGGCUGUACCUGUUAGCUGUUUCAAACAGGUGCCCCUUUAUGAGCAGUGGGAAGAUGUGAUAAAAGGGAUGAAGGUUGAAGUGUUGAACAGUGAUGCUGUCCUUCCCAGCCGUGUGUAUUGGAUUGCAUCCGUUGUUAAGAUUGCAGGAUACAAGGCACUGCUACGUUAUGAAGGCUUUGAAAGUGACUCCAGCCAUGACUUCUGGGUCAACUUGGGCACUGUAGAUGUGCACCCAAUUGGCUGGUGUGCCAUUAACAGCAAAAUCCUGGUGCCCCCACAGACUAUCCACUCCAAAUACACAAACUGGAGGGGGUUCCUCAUGAAAAAACUUGUGGGAGCCAGAACCAUCCCAGUGGAUUUCCAUAUAAAGAUGAUUGAGAACAUGAAGUAUCCUUUUCGUCAAGGCAUGAGAGUGGAAGUGGUGGACAAGAGCUGCGUUUCUCGGACACGGAUGGCUGUGGUGGAUACUGUGAUUGGUGGUCGGCUGAGGCUUCUUUAUGAGGAUGGGGACAGUGAUGAUGAUUUCUGGUGCCACAUGUGGAGUCCCCUAAUCCAUCCUGUGGGUUGGUCCAGAAGGGUUGGCCAUAAUAUGAAGAAAACAGAAAAGUGUAAUGACAUGGCAAACCACCCUACCUUCCGGAAGAUCUACUGUGAUGCUGUUCCGUAUCUCUUCAAAAAGGUGCGUGCUGUCUACCCUGAGGGUGGUUGGUUUGAGGAGGGUAUGAAAUUGGAAGCCAUUGACCCCUUGAAUCUGGGCAACAUUUGUGUGGCUACUAUCCAGAAGAUCCUUUUAGAUGGCUAUCUCAUGAUUGGUAUUGAUGGCACAGCCUCCGAGGAUGGCUCUGAUUGGUUCUGUUACCACGCUUCCUUGCACUCCAUUUUCCCAGCCGGUUUCUGCAAGAACAACAGUAUUGAACUGACUCCUCCAAAAGGGUAUGAUGCCAAGACCUUCAGUUGGGCAACUUAUCUAGAGAAGACCAAAGCAAAAGCUGCACCAACACGUCUGUUCAACAUGGAUUGCCCAAACCAUGGCUUCAAAGUGGGUGCCAAACUGGAAGCAGUAGACUUGAUGGAACCCCGGCUUAUCUGUGUAGCCACAGUGAAGCGGGUGGUCCACCGGCUCCUCAGAAUUCACUUUGAUGGCUGGGACAGUGAAUAUGACCAGUGGGUGGACUGCGAGUCCCCCGAUAUCUAUCCUGUGGGUUGGUGUGAACUGAUAGGCUACCAGCUGCAGCCACCAGUUGUCCCAGAACCCAUGUCACUUGCAUCUGCCAAAGAUGUGCCAAAGAGGAAACGAAAGCCAUAUGGAAAAAAAAGGAAAAAAAUAACUUCUAAAGCUCGUUCCACAAAGCAAACAGCUAAGAAAAUAACUACCCCAAAAGCAAAGGAGGAAACGCAGGUGGCUAAGAAAACGGCUGCCUCAAAAGGAAAGGAAGGAAUGCAAGGUAUCAAAAAAAUGGCUGUCUCUAAAGCAAUGGAGGAAAUGCAAGCUGCAAGCAAGACCUCCCCAAAGCCACCAUCUGAUGAAACAGUUGUUGCUGUGCAAGUGAAAGAAGAAAUCCUUGAAGACUCAGUGAUGGAACUUGAAGCUUCACAACUUCCAGUCCCAAUCAGCUGCUUAAAGAAUGAGGACAUGGAACUGGAAGCCCCAACCAGUCCUGGGCCAAUUGGCUGCUUAAAGUCAGAGGACACAGGGCCAGAAGCUCCAGCAAGCCCUCAUCAGCAUGGAUGCUUCAAGGAUGAGGAUGUGGAACCAGUUGCUCCAGCAAGCCCUGUACUGAUCACUUGUUUAAAGGAUGAGGAUGUGGACUAGAGCUUCAAGAAGCAAGGAAGUUACAUAGUCCUGCACAACAGUCCUUGACAAAAUAAGUAAACUGCUGGCCUCAGUUGGCAACUUGAGCUGUGCAUUACAAAGCUGUCUUUUUUUCUUGAUAGUAGAUGCUGUUCUUGGAAAAUAGAUGGACCAUAUCAUGUCAAAAGACAAGUCUUCAGUGCCUUUCUAAGAAAGCGGUAGAGAGAGGAAGGUAAUAAAUGCUGAAGUACUUCCUGAUCUAGGCAUGGAGGUGGUUGAAAAGGAACUGUGGGAAUGGGCAGGAGCCCCUCCCAUGGGUGCAAGGAACAGGGAGGGGAAGGCUUCUGCCCAAACUAAGGCUUAGCUGUAGAAACUGCCCGCCAACAGGGCUCCAUGCUCAGAGACCAUGAAGUAGAACUCCCACCUCAGGUGGUAGGACAUCUUUCACCAGCCCUGUCCGUACCCUUGAAGAAAUUGUCUUCCAGAGAAUUUAGGGAGGACUUCUUUAUUCAGGACUUCUAAUCAUAGUUCUUAACUAUAAAUAAGUGAGGAAACCAAUAUUAUUCAAACAGAAAUAAUAAUGAGCAUUUCUUUUGUUCUCUUUUUACUGUGAACUGAAGCAAACAUUGAAAGAAGGGAGGAGAAAAUGUAAUGUUUUUAAUGGGCAUUGCUGUUGUAUGUUGGUUGAUUUUUCCCUUUUUUGUACACAUGUAAAUUGUACUGAUGAAACCAUUAAAUAAAAUUUAGUAGAUAAGCGA